AUGGCGGACCCCCGCGCUCGUUGGACGGCGCCCCGCUCCGUGUCCGGACAUUCUGAGAAGGCCGGAAGCUCCACAACGAAAGCAGCCUCCAAGGAUGCCUACAUGCCGACAGCCUCAACGAAUCUGAAAAGAAAGGCCGUCUCCAUCGACGAGAAAUCGCGAACAGCUGAUCAUCAAAAGACGAAGAAGCCAAAGACUGCUGCUGUAACUACAAAUGCCAAUGAGAAGCGACUGCGUCGCUACCGAUCGAAGCCUCCGCAGAGCUUUGACGAAGUCUAUCAGAGAGCCAUUACCCAGAGGUUCUACGUCAUUGAGCGACGCCGUUGCGGUACCGCAGACAUUCCCGAGGAGGAGGUCGAGCUGACUGGCUCCACCGGCAACGUCUACACCGUCCGAAUCGGCCAGACUCCAUCAUGUACCUGCCCGCAUUCCUUAAAGGGUAACCAGUGCAAGCACUGGCUCUAUGUCAUGUCACGAGUCCUUCACGCCAAAUUCGAGGACACGUACCAACUGGCACUUGUUCCAAGUGAGCUCAGGCAGAUCUUCUCAAACGCUCCACCGAUUGAGGCCUCGUCCGACAAGUCCCAAGACAAGAACCGCAAACCCGUUGAGGGCGAUUGUCCCAUCUGCUUUUGCGAGCUUGAGACCAAGAGCAACGAAACCAUUGUAUGGUGUCGCGCGGCUUGCGGGCAGAACAUCCAUAAGCAGUGUUUCCAGACGUGGGCAGCUACCAAGCGUCGCGGUUACAGUACAGGCGAGGUGACUUGUCCGUUCUGUCGGAGCGUCUGGCAAGGUGACGAUGAUAUGGUGAAAAACAUCAAGAAGGGCGGCAGAAUCACCCAGGAAGGCUACGUCAACGUUGCUGACCAGCUUGGGAUCAGUACUCAGAGGGACUACAGUACCUACUCUAGAUGGUGGAGAAGUGGCUACUAUUAA